UUUAGGUUUUAAUUGAUUCAAUUUGUCAAGAAUAAAACCACUGCAAGUGGCUUAGUGGUUCUUGCCUAGUUGGGUGUGCUCCCCAACCUAGCUUCGAACCCCGAAGCUGUCAAAGUGGCGAGGCACUGUGCUGCAAUGCACAGUUGGAGCAUUUCACAUGCGCCGAAGGGGUUUAUCUUGGGCCUAGGAAGCCUUUGGGUUCCCCUUGACAAAGUCAAAAAAAAAAUUUGUCAAGAAUACCCCCCAAAACGUAUCCAAAAAUAGGUCAGCACGUAUCCAAGAUGUAUCCCCAUGGUUAACACCACUACAUAGUCAACGAUACGUAUUGAAGGUCUCAGAUACGCACCCAACGCGUAUCCAACCCGUAUCCGUAUCGGAUACGGAUACGAUACACCAUAGUCAGAUUUUUGGAGUAUCCAUGCUUCAUAGGUAAAUGAUUAAACUAUAAAUUCGUCGCAUUUUAUGCUCCUAUCAACAAUUUAGGUUUAAUGGUUGUGGAGGCCUAAUCUUGGCAUCUUUCAUGACAUAUGCAUCGGAGCACCUUGCAACUAGAUCAUUCUUGAGAGGCCUUGAAGACCUCGCUACGAGAAGUAGGAGCUUUUGUUAGAUAUAGUUCACUGGUGACAAAACUGAGCAUGUAAAACUAUUGACCAAAAAAGUUGAUGGCUUGAUUCCGAUUUGUGUAUUUUUGAUUGGAAGAGCAGAGAGAGUAAUGAUGAAUAAGUGUGGUUUUUGUGUUUGGUGUUUUUUUUCAGCCACCACUUUAACUGGGUUCCAUUUUUCUGUAACUGCACUCGUUGGCCUCAUCUCCAAUGCUAGCGGUUAUUCUGCCUCCAAGCAUGUUCCCUUUUGGGAGCUUCUUUGGUUCUCCAUCGUUGCCAAUGUCUCCAUCACCGCCAUGAACUUCAGCCUCAUGCUCAACUGUGUCGGCUUUUACCAGUUGAGCAUGAUUCCCGUGGUUUGUGAGAUGGAAUGGAUUCUUAACAACAAGCAGUAUUCCAAGGAGGUUAAAAUGUCUGUUGUGGUUGUGGUUAUAGGUGUUGGUGUUUGUACCGUGACUGAUGUAAAAGUUAACCUCAAAGGCUUCAUAUGCGCCUGCCUAGCAGUUUUGUCCACUUCUUUCCAGCAAAUUUCUAUUGGGUCUCUUCAAAAGAAACAUUCAGUUGGAUCCUUUGAAUUGCUGAGUAAGACUGCUCCAAUUCAAGCCAUUUCUCUACUCAUUCUCGGCCCAUUCAUUGAUUACAUCCUUAGUGGUACAUUCAUAACAGACUAUAAGAUGUCUUCUGGUGCCAUUGCAUUCAUUCUUCUUUCGUGCACCUUGGCUGUGUUUUGCAAUAUUAGCCAGUACCUCUGUAUUGGACGUUUCUCUGCUGUUUCAUUCCAGGUUUUAGGUCACAUGAAAACAGUAUGUGUCCUCACAUUAGGGUGGCUUCUCUUUGAUUCAGAGCUCACUUUCAAGAACAUUAUGGGGAUGAUUCUUGCAGUCGUUGGCAUGGUGAUUUAUAGUUGGGCUGUCGAGGCAGAAAAGCAGUCUGGCAAACCCGUGUCCCAUUCAAAAACCAGCAUGACAGAAGAGGAAAUUGAACUUUUGAAGGCAGGACUGGAUACCACUACUGUGAAGGAUGUUGAACAUGGAGCAACUAAAGUUUAGAAGAGGUAGUAGACUCAGUUUUGGCUGGAAAGGGAAAAAGCUCAAGGCAAGGGAAUGGAAUGAGGAAACAAGUACUUUUCAUUUUUGGACUCCUGCCCAGCUGAUUCUUUACACAAAUAUUUUUAGAAUUUGUUUUUGUUUCAUUGAGAUUGUCCUUGUUUAUUUAUUUGUUACUUAAUCUUAUAUUUAUUUUUAUAUAGCCUAUAUCUGUAUUUGCAAAAGAAGCAUGUAAAACCCAAAUCAUAGUUGAAAGCGCCGAGUUCUAUUUAUUCAUUGCAAUCUGCCGA